AUGCAUAUUUUUGUGAAACUACUGUGCAUUGUGAUAAUUUCGGUUCAUGGUCAGUUUGGCAAUUUUCCCGAUUGUAAAUCAGGACCACUUUCAACUUUUCCUAUUUGUAAUCAAGCACUUCCUACUCGACAACGAGCUGCUGACUUAGUUAGUCGUAUGACAAUAGAUGAAAAAAUUACGCAAAUGAUUACAACAGCUGCUGCUAUACCUCGUCUCGGUCUACCCAAGUAUGAAUGGUGGUCAGAAGCUUUACAUGGCUUAGCCUAUUCACCUGGUGUUUCAUUUGGUGGAGAUCUACCAGCAGCUACUUCUUUUCCAAUGCCGAUCAAUCUUGGAGCUUCAUUUAAUAUGCGUCUUGUCUAUCAGAUAGCUAAUAUUAUAUCAACAGAAGCACGUGCAUUCAAUAACGAAGAUCAAGCAGGUCUUAAUUUCUUUACGCCAACUGUUAACAUUUUUCGAGAUCCACGAUGGGGUCGUGGUCAGGAAACACCUGGUGAAGACCCAUUUCUUACAUCUGAAUAUGUCUAUGCAUUAGUUAAAGGUUUACAACAUGGUGAAGAUGAACGCUAUUUGAAAAUAGCAGCUAACUGUAAAGCAUAUAAUGCAUACGACUUAGAAAAUUGGAAUGGCACUGAUCGUUUUCAUUUUGACGCAAAAAUAAGUGACCAAGAUUUGGUCGAAACAUUUUUACCACCAUUCGAAACAUGUAUUCGUGAUGCUCAUGUUGCAAGUAUCAUGUGUAGUUACAAUUCAAUUAAUGGUAUACCGAGUUGUGCUAAUCAAUUUGAAAUUGAAAUACUUGCACGAGAAUCAUUUCAUCUCGACGGUUUUGUAGUCAGUGAUUGUGGAGCCAUUGCAACCAUUAUGGAAACACAUCAUUAUACGUCGACCGUACAAGACACAGUUGCUGUAGCUCUUCAUGCCGGUACAGAUCUCAGUUGCGGUGAUUUCUAUUUAAAACAUACAAAAGAAGCACUUGAUAACAAAACUAUUAUUGAGGAAGAUAUUGAUCGUGCCCUUGAGCGUACAUUCAAUGUUCUAAUUCGACUCGGCUGGUUUGAUCCAUCUGAACAACAGUUUUAUCGACAGUUGACAAAAGCCGACGUCGAUACAUCUCAAUCACGAAAAUUAUCAUUAGAAAGUGCUCAAGAAAGCAUUGUCUUAUUGAAGAAUGUUAAUAAAUCAUUGCCCUUACAUAUUGAUCAAUUAGUAAACAAAAAAAUUGCAUUGAUUGGACCAACGGCAAAUGCAACAGUUUUAAUGCAAGGAAGUUAUUACGGUAAGGCUCCAUUUCUUAUUGAUCCAGUUACAGCAAUCAAAGCAAUAACAACAGGUAAAUUGAUUGAUGUUGAAUUUGCGUACGGUUGUAAAAUAAAGGAUCCCGAUCAGAGUGGUUUUUCGGCGGCUAUUGAAUUGGCCAAAUUGGCCGAUAUUGUUAUAUUCUUUGGUGGACUAGAUCAAUCGAUUGAAGGCGAAAGUUUUGAUCGUACAUCAAUUACCUUACCUGAUAUACAAUUUGCUCUCAUACAUCAACUUGAAAAAGUCGUUCGUUCACCUAUUCAUGUUAUAAUUAUGUCUGGUAGUGGUUUAGAUCUAACUUACAUUCGUGAUUCACCUCAAUUUGGCAGUCUCAUUUGGAUGGGUUAUGCCGGACAGUCAGGUGGUUUAGCAAUAAGUAACGUUAUUUUUGGUCAAUAUAAUCCUGGUGGACGUUUACCAAUUACUAUGUAUCCAGCAUCCUAUGUCGACGAUGUAAGUAUGUUCGAUAUGCAGAUGAGACCAUCAAGUACAAAUCCUGGCCGAACCUAUAAAUUUUAUACGGGCAAAGCAGUAUAUGAAUUUGGAAGUGGUCUUUCCUAUACAACAUUUCUUUAUUCAUGGAAUAAUGAUACUAAUAUUUCGUCAUCGUAUUCGAUUUCGUCAUUAAUACAAAAAAACUAUGAUGAGCAUCGAGUUCUCGUUCGACUGUUUCGUGUUAAUGUGACCAAUACUGGUGAUAUGUCAGGUGAUGAUGUUGUCUUAGCAUUUGUUAGAUCACAUAAUGCAAUAAUAAAUGGAGAAAUAUCACCAAUCAAACAAAUUUUUGGCUUUGAACGUAUCAAUUUAGCUGUUAACCAAACCAAAGAAGUCUUUUUUCCAUUAACUGUUCGUCAUUUAUUAACCAUUGUACGACAUGGUACCAAAUGGCUUCAUCCAGGUUCAUACGACAUUCUCAUCGGACAACAACAUAUGCAUACAUUUAAAUUAUAUGGACAAUCGAUUCAAUGGGCAUCAAAAAUACAUGCUUCUUCAUCCAACGAAAACAUUUGA